AUGAUUUGGGGGUGUAUGACCUGGGCAGGCCUAGGUCUAAUGGUCUAUAUAGAUGACAAACUGAAUUCAGAGCAUUACAUUGAGUUGCUGGAGGAAGUGGUGCCUGGUAGCAUCUUUAAGUGGAAGAAUAUACAGAGAUUUUCACCAAGGGAUAAAUUGAUCUUUCAACAAGACAAUACCUGCCCUCACACUGCCAAAGUCACCAAGGAGUACCUGGAGGAGGUCAAACUCAACAUAUUGCCCUGGCCUGCAAUGUCUCCAGACCUGAAUCCUAUAGAACAUGUGUGGCAGCAGCUGAAAAAGUGGCUAUAUCAGCAAAGAUAUACUAUCAACAAUAAAGCUCAACUCAUUACAGCUAUCAACAGGUUUUGGGCAACUUUUCCCAAGGAAUCAGUCCAGGCACUCAUAAAGUUGAUGCCCAGGAGGUUACAGGCUGUAAGGGUUGCAAAAGGGGGUCAUACAAAAUACUAA